ACCAAGAGUUUGUAGGUGUAUCAGUUUGUACUUCUAAAUUGCCUAAUAUUGUGUUGCAUAAAAGUAUUUAUUUAUUAAUUAACGCUCAUAUGCUUCAAAUUUUUGUAGAAAAAUAACAAGGAGUUUUCCAUUUAAUCGGCACAGAACGACACAAAACUGAACCAUUGGUUGUUAUAAAAAUAUACUGCUAGAACCAACCAAUCAUCAUACUUUAUGUAUGUCGGUAGAACUAUGCCAUGAAUACUACACUUGCAACAUAGUUGACAUUUUUCCCGGAAUAUGCGCUGACAUUCAUUGCAUUUGAGAGCUUUCCGUUUUGCAAAUGGGCGGACUUCCUUCGUCGUAGGUUAAACGCGUUAUUUUCGGAGUUAUUUAUUCGGGAGUGAGCAAUUCAUUUUUUGGAACACUACUAUUUGUCCCAAGAAAGGACCUCACCCAGGAAGCCGAUAGUUUGUUAGGUACAAGUUCGGCCUCAAUACAGAACUCCGAAAUAUGAACAGCUUUGAAGGAUAAGUGACGCCACUAACUUCAGUCCUUCAUACUGAGACGAUUUCGAGAGUAGAAAGAAACAUUAAGAUUAUUUUAGUCAAUUACAAAGUCUUCUGACAAUCCAAUCAUGUCUGUAACAUUCGCUCAACGCGGUAGACCUCCACCGAAUAAUGCCCAAAUACAAAAGAUGCUGGAUGAAAACAGUCAUCUCAUACAAACAAUUCAAGAAUAUCAAAAUAAGGGAAAGCCACAAGAAUGCAUUCAAUAUCAGCAAAUAUUACAUCGAAAUUUAGUAUAUUUAGCAUCUAUUGCUGAUGCUAACCAAAAUAUUCAGGCUUUGCUUCCUCCACCACAAAGUAUACCUAAUGCACCUCAGCAUGCUAUGAUGGGGCCUCAAGGUCCACCAAGUGGACCUGCUGUGUCUGGAGGUCCUGUUGGUGAUAUGCCUCCCAAUGCUCCACAACCAAUUCCAAUGUCGAGUUUCAAUCAAGGACAACCAAUUCCGCAAGGAGGCUAUAGGGGUCCUGUUAUGCCUGGUCAAGGUCCUGCUAUGAGCCGUCCAACUGCAGGGCCAGUUCCACAACAAUAUAGAGGAGGUCCACAGGGAUAUCCACAGCAACCAACCCAACAAGGAUAUCCUGGGCCAUAUGCUAAUCAAAACCCUGGCAGCAACUAUCAAGGACCCCAAGGUUCUGCUUAUACCCCAGGGCAGCCAAAUCAAUAUGGACCACCUGCCCCGUCGCAGCAGCAGGGCUAUCCCAGUCCAAAUCAACCGGGCUAUGGACCGCCAACUACAGUUAAUAGCUAUGGUCCACAACCAGGAGGUUAUCCACCACCUGGUUCAACUCAGCCGCCAACUGGUUAUGGGCCGCCGCCUCCAAAUCAGCAGGGAUAUCCUCCACCUAACUCGUCGCAGCAGAAUUUUCCCACAGGCGGACAGCAACAGCAGCCUGGACAGUAUGGAAGUCCCAGUCCGCAACCCAGUUAUCAACAACCGCCAUCUCAGCCUCCUCCUCAGAAUGCGUACAGCGCUAAUCAAUCAGCAAACUAUCCUCCUCCAUCUGCUCAAGGUUAUCCGAACAAUGCUCCCCCUCAAAGUUAUCCUCCGCCACCAACUUCAACAGGAGCUCAGCCGCCACAGCCUGGGCCACAACAAAACGCAGGACCGCAACCUAACUACGGGAACCAAGCCAGUCCAGGACCAGGCCCUACUCCAUAUGGAGGACCUGCGUCCACAUCUCCUCCAUUUAGUACGUCCUCAGCAAGUGGAGGAAACACUUAUGCUCAGAGUGGACAGCCUACAAGCACUCCCUCUGCUUCCACCCAAACUUAUCCUCCAGGCAGUGGACCACCGCCAACUUCUCAAGCCGGAGGUUAUGCUCCGCCGGGGCCAACGCCUGCAGGCUACCCGGUCCAUCAGUCACCUCAUCCGCCACCUCAUCAGGGACCUCAUCAGGCGCCACAUCAACCACCACAUCAACCACCACAUCAACCUCCUCAUCAGUCACCUCAUCCACCACCACAUCAGUCUCCUCAUCAACCACCGCAUCCCUCUGGUCCUCAUCAGCCUCCUCAUCAGCCGUCGCAUCAAGGCUCACAUCAACCGCCGCCUCAUCAAUCCCCACACCAGGCCCAGCAUCAACCACCUCACCAGCCGCCGCCCCAACAAUCUCAACAACAGUCACAAAAUUCGCAACAGCAAUCGCAGCAGCAACAAUCACCUAGUCCUGCUCCAAGUGGUUUCCAGCCCCCAUCUGGUCCGACUCAAGGCCCACCGCCGCCACCAGGCCCUCCUCAACCUCAAUCAGCUUAUGGACCACCGCAAUCUCAUCCUGCUACUACACAAACUUACGUUCCUCCCACACCUGGAGGACAACCCCAAGUUUAUUCUCCGCAUCCCCCUCAAGCAGGCCAACACUACGGACAUACUCAGUAUUCUCCUCAGACUUAUCCACCACCACCUGCAGGGCAGGGAUAUCCACAAUACCCACCACGUCCACCCGGUGGACAUAUGCCUCCGCCACCCGGACCUCAAGGACCACCUCCUCCUAAUCAGUAUGCUGGUUACGGCUACCAACCACCUCCUCAGUAAGCAAGAUCUCUGUUUGAUUCAAUUGGUUAAUCAACAUAUUUUCCUUGAUUACGUUAUUAUACUCUCUGUUCAUCUCUUAUUUCGACAUUUCUGUUGCGAUAAUGACGCUAAUACAUACUUAUACUCUGGACAAGUUAUAUUGUCCUUGUUUAUUAAUCGGGGAAAAGGGGAAAAAUCUUACAUAAAGACAUAUGCGUGUUUCGUGAAUACACAUACACAGGAUCAUGUUCAUCGAAAGUGAAUGUACUUUUAAGUAGCAUAUCGCAUCAUUCGCAAAAAAAAAAGUAUUGGAUACAGAUAAAAAAAGCUUCGAUUAAAAAUAAUCAGCUUCCAUUUAUCUGAUAAUCGUAUGGAUUUUAACUAUCGUGGUGGUUUGAAAGAUUUUAUUGUCUUACUUCCAGGUAUAAGUUUUACCGAAUAUAAUUGAAUAUAAUUAUGCGCCAUUUCGAGAUUAUAGCUUCGUCUUUAUCUUCUCUCUGUAUAAGCUUUAAUCAUUGUUGCGACUUUUAGCAGUCAGGUAAACUAUUUUGUAAUUUUAUUUGGAUUCUUAUAAAAUUCUUAAUUGCUAUUAUGGUAAGCGUAACGUUAACAUUCCUCGGUGAUACAUAUUACAAAAUCUGCAAUCUAUUACAAAAAAAAAAGUAACUACGAUUGUCAACAAUAUUCUUUACGAAGCGAACUACUUGUCUAAGUUACUCAAAAAGUCUGAUUGAUAUUAGAAGAAAAAUAGAUGGCUUGACAGUGUUUUACUUUACUCAAGAUGUAAAUAUCAAGUAAUUACUUUACGAAAAAUUGCUGUAAACACGAGGAAUAAAUGUAUGUGUCAUGAAU